GCGGCCGGCUGCCUGGAGCGCCGCUUCCGACGGACUACGGGAAGGAGCGAGCCCGGCUGACGGCGGUGACAGCCCAGAAACAUGGCGGCUUACAUCGGGGAGAAGAUAGAGGAUUUCAGAGUCGGAAGCCUCCUUGGGAAGGGGUCUUUCGCCGGGGUCUACAGAGCGGAGUCCAUUCACACGGGGCUGGAGGUUGCGAUCAAAAUGAUUGAUAAAAAGGCCAUGCACAAAGCUGGGAUGGUCCAGAGGGUCCAGAAUGAAGUGAAGAUACACUGUCAACUGAAACAUCCUUCUAUCCUGGAGCUUUAUAACUAUUUUGAAGAUAGCAAUUACGUGUAUCUGGUAUUAGAAAUAUGUCAUAAUGGAGAAAUGAACAGGUACCUGAAGAAUAGAAUGAAACCUUUCUCUGAAAGUGAAGCUCGACAAUUCAUGCACCAGAUCAUCACAGGAAUGUUGUAUCUUCAUUCUCAUGGUAUAUUACAUCGGGACCUCACACUUUCUAACCUCUUACUCACACGUAAUAUGAAUAUCAAGAUUGCUGAUUUUGGUCUAGCAACUCAAUUGAAAAUGCCAAAUGAAAAACACUAUACGUUAUGUGGAACUCCUAAUUAUAUUUCACCAGAAGUUGCCACAAGAAGUGCACAUGGACUUGAAUCUGAUGUUUGGUCCCUAGGGUGUAUGUUUUAUACAUUACUUAUUGGGAGACCCCCUUUUGACACUGACACAGUCAGAAACACAUUAAGUAAAGUGGUGCUGGCAGAUUAUGAGAUGCCAGCCUUUUUGUCACAAGAGGCCAAGGACCUUAUUCAUCAGUUACUUCGUAGAAAUCCAGCAGAACGUUUAAGUCUGUCUUCAGUGUUGGAUCAUCCUUUUAUGUGUCGAAGUUCUUCAGGGAGAAUUAAAGAUUCGGGAACUGUAGAAGAUUCGAUCGAUAGUGGACAUGCCACAAUUUCUACAGCACUUACCGGUUCUUCCAGUGCCAGUAUAAGUGGUUGUUUACCGGACAAGAAAAGACUAUUGUUUGGUCAGCCGCUUCCAAAUAAAAUGACUAUAUUUCCAAAGAAUAAGAAUGUGAGUAAUUUUUCAUCUGGUGAUGGAAGCAGUUUUUAUAAUCAGUGGGGAAUUCAAGGGCAAGAGACCAGUCAUAGUGGCCGGGGAAGACUGCUGCAAGAUGUCGAAGAAAGGCCACAUUCUCGAUACCUACGCAGAGCCCACUCCUCUGAUCGAUCGGGUACGUCUAGUGGUCAUUCUCAAGCCAAACCACCGGCCGUGGAGCGUUGUCACUCAGCAGAUAUCCUCUCAAAGCCCCACAGAAGGGGAUGGCCCGAAAACGAGGAGAGGUUUUCACCUGCUGACAACGAUGCCAAUGUUUUUCACAUAUUUCAAGAAAACACUUCAGAUAUUCCUGGCCUUUUUGAAAGACCUGAUAAAGACCAAGCACAUCCUCCCCAUCCAGGAAAAUCUGCUUUUCCAUUUUCAGACCAGACAUCUCACUCUGAAACAGUUCAGCAGUGGUUUGGAAACUUGCAAGCAAAUGCCCAGUUAAGAGAGCCCUCUGCUCACAUCAGCAUUAACUCGAGCAGAAAUGUCCAGGGUCAUCCAGAUUUGCAGGACACCAGGAGAAAUGCAUGGACUGACAGGAUGGCUAACAGGGAUACAGAUGCUUCCGACAACGCACGUUGUGUCAGACAGCCACAUGCCGUGAAAUACAUGCCUGCGUAUCACCGUGAACCUGAAGUCAUUCAGCCAGCCCCUGUGUUUGGCCCCCAUCCUCUUUCUGAACCAAGCAAGUCUAGGGGCAUGGAACCCCAGCUGGGCCACCAGAAGCCUACAUUGCGGAGCGUGACCUCCCCUUUGAAUGCCCGGAGGCUAAAGCCCAUCAGGCAGAAAACGAAAAAAGCAGUGGUGAGUAUCCUUGAUACAGAAGAAGUGUGUGUGGAGCUGCUGAAGGAGGUGGCCUCCCACGACUAUGUGAAAGAAAUUCUUCAAGUUUCCAGCGAUGGAAAUUCGAUCACAAUUUAUUAUCCAAAUGAUGGAAAAGGUUUCCCUCUUGAUAAUAGACCAUUCCCUCCUCCCAAAGACGUGUCUAGGUAUAGCUUUGAUUCUUUACCAGAAAAAUACUGGAGAAAGUAUCAGUAUGCUUCCAGAUUUGUACAGCUUGUAAGGUCUAAAACACCCAAAAUCACUUUUUUUUCAAAGUAUGCUAAAUGCAUUUUGAUGGAGAAUUCCCCUCAUGCUGAUUUUGAAGUUUGGUUUUAUGAUGGAGCAAAAAUACACAAAACAGAAGACAUAAUUAAUGUGAUUGAAAAAUCUGGGAAAGUGUACGCUUUGAAAGAAGGAACUGAACUUGGUAGCUUGAAAGAAGAAAUAAAAGUGUAUGUCGAUCAUGCUAAUGAGGGACAUCGUGUAUGCCUUGCACUCGAGUCUGUUAUUGCAGUAGAAGAAACAAAAAAUGGAAGCGUUCCCUUCUUUCCUAUAAUUAUUGGAAGAAAGCCAGGCAACCCCAGUUCCCCCCAGGCUGUGGCCCCUCCGACUUGCGUGGAUCCAGAUACGGCAUCAUUAAAUCGGGGGAUGGCGAGCAACUCAGCGGCUUCACCCCAGGCAACUCCCACUAGUCCUUCAAUUGUUUCAUAUGAAGAAUCUGGGAUAACAGCAGCUGUGCCUGAAACAGAAGGGUCUUCUACCAGCCCAAAGGAUUAUCUUCCAAAAUCAGCCCAGCUUCUGAAGUCUGUUUUCGUGAAAAAUGUUGGUUGGGCUACACAGUUAACCAGUGGAGCUGUUUGGGUUCAGUUCAAUGAUGGAUCCCAGUUGGUGGUUCAGGCCGGAGUGCCCUCCAUCACUUACACGUCACCAAAUGGCCAGACAACCAGAUAUGGGGAAAAUGAAAAAUUACCAGAAUACAUCAAGGAGAAAUUACAGUGUCUGUCUUCCAUCCUGGUGAUGUUUGCUAAUCCAGCUCCUGGUCCCCGCUGAUUAAAAGAGUUCUUUUGGAUGAUAUCUGUUCAAUAAAUGACUUUUUGUUGGCUUGAAAGGAAGUGAUUUUAUUCAUCUCAGUACAGCCACUCCAGGCGGCCUUUCCAGAAGAGGAUUUUAAUGUGACUGCAAUGCUUGUAUUUAAACGAGGCUGCAAAGUCAGAAGGAAACGUGCCCGUUUCUUAGGCAGUUGCUUGAUGCCCCCACCAUUACGUCUCUGUAUUUAUGUAUGUGUUGUGAAGUGAAAGUGUUCAUGGGGGGGGGGGGGGUGCUUUUCUGCUUUUGUUGUUUUCUCAGGCAUGUUGGGAAUCAUGGAAAAUGUGGUUUUAAGAUUUUUAAACAUGUACAUAAUUUGUAUAUAUGUUACAGCUUAUGUAAAAUUGUAUACUUGUUUAUAGCUUUAUUUUUAUAGCACCAAGUUUCUAAUGAAACAUUCCUACAAAAGCAUUUUUGUUUAAAAAAAAAAAAAACAAAUAAAUGCAGUGUUAAGAGUGCUCUA